GCGCCGUGAUUCGCUGAGCAGCAGCUCGCGCGCCCUCCCGUUGGCUGCGCUGUACACGUCAGCGUUCAACAAGUUUCGGCCCAGAUGUUUCAGCCUCUUCCUGGUGUGAGCGUGUUGACACAUCGCCCCUCGUCCCAGUGAGUCCAGGUGCCGAGGACCCGCCGCGGAAGCUCGUUCCAAUGACACGGUGUGAAGAAGAGCAGCCGCCGUCACAGACACAAACUUCUGCCAUUCGGGUUAGGAAGCGGCCCACGUGACGUCGGACCGUCCCUGACGACGCUGUGAUCUUCAGUGCGCGAGGAGGUGGUGUUGCAUAGAGAUCACAGCGAAGAUAAAGGUGAAUCUCAACCGCUUCCCCCUCUUCUUCCUUUCAAGUCUGUUUCCACCCUGAGAAAAAUGAGGUCUCGACUGAUCCGGAGGAACCUGCUGCCGCUGCUGCUCAUCUUCUUUGUAGUUCUGGCUGUGAUGAUUUUAUGGAUUUUUCUCUUUGGCAAUGAUGAAAGUGGAACCCGUCACGUGGUUGAGGGAAAUGACGGGGAAAAGGUGAAGUUUAACUUUGCUUCUCUGCCAGACUUGUCUCAGUCUGUUUACAACGCUAACUACAAGCAGUAUAUUCAGAAUUCGGACAAGCUCGUGGGUGAGCCUCGUCUGGUGCUGGUCGUGCAGGUCCACAACAGGCCCGAGUACCUCAAGCUCUUCAUCAAGUCGCUGAAGGAAAUCAAAGAGACUUAUGGCUUCCUUGUGAUCUUCAGCCAUGACUAUUUUACAGAGGAAAUAAAUACGAUAGUGCAGGGGAUAACUUUCUGCAGGGUACUGCAAAUUUAUUUCCCUUUCAGCACUCAGCUGUAUCCCAAUGAGUUUCCCGGGCAGGAUCCAAAAGACUGCCCCCGAGACAUGUCCAAGGACGACGCUGUGAAAACAGGAUGCCUCAACGCGAAACACCCUGACUCCUAUGGGCACUACAGGGAAGCCCUCAUCACUCAAACCAAACACCACUGGUGGUGGAAAAUGCACUUUGUGUGGGAGCGAGUGCAGGUGAUGCAGGGCUACAGUGGGUUUGUAGUCUUUCUGGAGGAGGACAACUACAUCCUACCUGACUUUUUCUCCUUCUAUAAGUCAAUGGUAGAGUUCAGGAAGAACAGCUGCCCGGACUGUGACAUGCUGGCUCUGGGUAACCACAAUGGCAUGACUGAUUUUGUUAAACUGUCCAAUAAGGUUUUGACCACUGGGUGGAUGUCCACGAAACACAACAUAGGUAUGGCCCUCUCCAGGGAGGUGUACUACAAACUGAUGGGCUGCAGCCACGUGUUCUGCACCUAUGACGACUACAACUGGGACUGGACUCUACAGCACUUGUCAGGAACGUGCAUACCAAAGCCCCUCAAAGUGCUUGUCGCGCAGGGCUCCCGGGUUCUUCACACAGGAGACUGUGGCCUUCACCAGAAGGAGGACUGCAGGCCAGAAUUGGCUUCACAGAUGGCAGAGGAAGGGCUUCAGAGCGCCAAGCAUGGCCUUUUUCCUUCAUCUCUUGUCCUUACUGGUGCAGAAGCAGCAGUGCACAAGGCACACGUGAAGAAUGGAGGAUGGGGAGACACUCGUGACCAUAUUCUAUGCAAUAACUAUGCCAAGCGACUUUGAACUGUACCUUUUCUCAUAAGUUGUAUUUGGUAUUCUGCAAAUAUGCAAUCACACACACUCUUUUCAGGGCUUUAAGGCCAUAAUGGCUUGUCUUCCAAGAAAGUGAACCAACAAUGGUGCAUGCACACAGUUUUAACUUUUUUAAUCACCAAAGCUGCACUAUUGCCAGAGACAUUCUGGAUUUUGUGUCCUGCUCAGUUUCAUGUCAUCAUGUUUGUUGAUCUCUGGGUGUCUCACAAGCCAAAACAUCAGGUUAGAUUUAUUGUAAAGCUCUAGAGAAUUAGAAUAAACAACCAUAACGUUGCGUACACACACUCACACACACACACACACACACACACACACACACACACACACACACACACA